GCGCAGUUAGAUAAUCUGUACUCAGAUAGUCUUAGUUGUUCCAUCAAAUAUCCUUUAGUUCUUAAUCAAGUCUUUAAUAAGUUAAUCAACAUGUUCAGAAAUCUUUUUUAUUUGUUCUUCUUUUUAUCGGCAUCUGCUGUAUAUUGUCAAAUACAAUGGCAUAGUCGAAGCAGGUUGAUGGAUUUUGAUAAAUACUACAGAAAUGUAAUCCAGGAGACCGUGUACGAAGUGGAAAAAAGAGGAUGGUCCAGCCUUAGGUUUAAUGACAAUAUCACACAAACACUUGGUGAGGUGCUUUAUGAUUGGCAUUUCAACGGCUCAGUCACCUACACCAAUGGUUUCCUCGUUUCCGUUCAACAACUGCAAGUCACGAAUACCCAACAGUUUAUAAAUAACAGGACCUUGCCUGAUAACAGUACCGCCUUGUUUGCGGGUGUUCAGGGCCGCUUCUUCAUGAGGGACACCAGAGUAGGGUUUGAUGUUUAUGUCCAAUUAUUAAACGAAGAUAAACCGCAAUGGUAUACAGGAAUUUACAAUCAUCAAACUGUAGAAUUCUCAUUAACUAUACAAAAAAAUCUACGUACAAACGAAAUGUCAACGUCUUCAACACUACAGUCUCUAUCGGCUGGUAUAGGAAACCGUAUGGUAUAUAUGCCAGCGAAUAAUGUGACUGAAGCAUUAUCCAGAGUUUAUGUCCCGAGUAACAAUUGGAAUGGCAUCCGAGACUGGGGCACUGCAGUGUUUGCACCCAUUAUGCUGGAUAUUGCUAAAAAUCAUAUAGCAUUCCCGAAGUUUUGUCUUGGUUGUUAAAUUUAUAGAAAUGAUUAAAUUAUAUUUUUUUUAAAGCCUU